AUGUCUAAAUCGCUUAUGCGUUUGAAUAUUCUCUUGAUGCUGCUCUUACUCUCUUGCUUUUUCACUUUUGGUGACCUUAUUGCCGAUCUUGUUGCUUGUGGUCCUAACCAGAUGCAAGCCUUUACGCAGUUCAAGAACGAGUUUGAUACUCAUUCUUGCAACCACACUGGCUCCUUCAAUGGGGUGUGGUGUGAUAACUCCACUGGCGCGGUCACGAAGAUACGACUUAGUGCCUGUCUCAGUAGAACUCUUAAAUCCAAUAGUAGCCUCUUCCAAUUUCAUCAUCUUCGUUACCUUUCUCUCUCACACAACAACUUCAACCCUUCUUCACUCCCUUAUGAAUUUGGCAAUCUCAACAAACUAGAGUAUUUGUCUGUAGCCUCUAAUAGCUUCUUUGGUCAAGUUCCUUCCACAAUUAAUAACCUAACCCAGUUAACCAAAUUGCGCCUUGCCUUUAACGACUUCACUAGUUUUCUUCCACUUGUUCAAAACCUAACCAAGCUCUCCAUGCUAAAUCUUUAUUGUAAUCACUUCUCUGGAACAAUCCCUUCUUCUCUCUUCACUAUGCCUUUCUUAUCAUAUCUUUAUUUAGGUUUUAACAAUCUCAAUGGUUCUAUUGAAGUUCCUAACUCCUCUUCAUCCUCAAAUCUCAAAACACUCGACCUUUCUUUCCUUAAAACAAGCUACCCAAUUGACUUAACUCUCUUCUCCUCUUUCAAAUCUUUGUUGGUCCUAGAUCUUUCUGGUGUUUGGAUAUCUCAGGCUAGUUUAAGUUCGGAUUCAUACAUCCCGACGACCCUGGAAGCGUUACGUUUGAAAUACUGCAACAUCAGUGAUUUCCCAAACAUCAUAAAGACACUUCGUAAUUUGGAGUAUAUUACCGUAUCCCACAAUAGAAUUAGUGGGAAAAUACCAGAGUGGUUAUGGAGCCUUCCUCGUCUUAACGCAGUGUCCAUUGAUGACAACUUUUUCACUGGCUUCCAAGGUUCAUUAGAAGUUUUAGUAAACUCAUCGGUGCAAAUCUUAAAUUUGGAUUCAAACAGUAUUGAAGGAGCACUUCCCCAUCUACCACUAUCUAUCAACUACUUCGAUGCGGAAAAUAAUAGAUUCAAAGGCGACAUACCUCUUUCAAUUUGCAAGAGAAGCUCACUUGUGUUACUUAAUCUAAACUACAACAACUUGACAGGUCCAAUUCCUCCAUGUCUCAGUAACUUAUCGAUUUUGAAACUCCGGAAGAACAACUUGGAAGGACGUAUUCCAGACAUGUACUAUUCCGUCGACGCAUCGCUACGGUCACUCGACGUUGGCUACAAUCAUUUAACCGGAAAGCUUCCAAGGUCUCUUCUAAAUUGCUCAACACUACAGUACCUAAAUGUGGAACACAACAAAAUCAAAGAUACAUUUCCUUUCUCCCUUAAGACUUUACCAGAACUGCAAGUGCUUAUCCUCGGUUCAAACAAAUUCUAUGGUCCUAUAUCUCCUCCGAAUCAAGGUCCUUUAGGCUUUCCACAAUUGCGGAUACUUGAUAUAGCUGACAAUAAAUUCACCGGAAGCUUGCCCGCAAAUUUUUUUAUCAAUUGGAAAGCAUCAUCACUCACGAUGAAUGAAGAUUUGGGCCUAUAUAUGGUAUAUGAAAAGGUUAUUUACGAGGUAUAUUAUCUUACCUAUCUAGAAACAAUAGAUAUACAAUAUAAAGGUCUGUCUAUGAAGCAAAAAAGGGUCCUUACAUCCUCCGCCACCAUUGAUUUUUCCGGAAAUAGACUUGAAGGAGAAAUUCCUGAAUCUAUCGGUUUCUUGAAGGCACUAAUCGCACUCAACUUAUCGAACAACGCCUUCACAGGCCAUAUUCCUCUAUCUUUGGCCAAUCCUAUGAAGCUAGAGUCACUAGACCUAUCAAGUAACCAACUCUCAGGUACUAUUCCUAAUGGACUAGGGACUCUCUCAUUCUUGGCGUACUUGAACGUUUCUCACAACCAACUCAUUGGUGAAAUACCACAAGGAACACAGAUAACCGGGCAGCCAAAAUCGUCAUUUGGAGAAAAUGCAGGGCUUUGCGGUUUUCCUCUUGAAGAAAGUUGCUUUGGGACUAAUGCACCAUUAACACAUCAGCCUAAAGAAGAAGAAGAAGAAGAAGAAGAUGAAGAAGAGGAACAAGUGUUGAACUGGAAAGGUGUGGCAAUAGGGUAUGGGCUUGGAAUGUUACUUGGAUUGGCAAUAGCACAAAUCCGCCCCUGGUACAAACCAGAAUGGCUAGUUUUUCUGGUUACGUGCGGAAAACGUUAA